CACCAUCGCGUCAACCUCCCCUAGUCCGUCGUCCAUCUGGCACCGGCCCCAGUGGUGAUUCAGCUAUCAUAACGGACCCGUUCUGAAACCUCGGCCCACCAUGGACCAUUCCUCCGAUCACUCGACCCUCACCACUAUUGGCGGAUGGGCAGUCUUGCUCGGGCUGGGUGUAGCCCUCUGGUACUCAAGUCAGCAGAAGCAGAAGAAAGCAACCGACCGUUACGGUUCUGCCCCGAAGCAGUCUGGAAAACAGGCUAGCACUGACUCGGUUGGUGAUGCUAAGAAGACAGAAAAACCUACAAAACCAAAGCCCAAAGCACCUACGAGUCCAACUAGCGAAGCUUUCACAUCGAGUGUCGAGUACAAUCGAGAAGAGGACGAAGCUGCCGGUCGCAAAGCCGACCGAGAAUUUGCCCGUCAAUUGUCCAAUGUCCACACCGGAACCAAGUUCAAUAACAAGAAGUCGGACGAGAAGAAGCAAAAGUCCAUCAAGCAGUCCAAGGCCCAAGAACUCCCUGAUGAGAAGAAGGCUUCUGCUCCCUCUUCCCACGCGGACGAUGCCGAUGACGACUUGUCCCCGCAAAUUUCCCCUGUCGUCGGAGCCGCCGACGAACAUGGUGUAGCUGACAUGCUAGAGCCUCUUCCUUCCGGUCCUACCGUUCUACGUCUUACCGAUGUCGAUGCUAAGAAGCCCAAGGAGCGAAAGCAGAAGGCACCUGAGGUUGUCGAGACGAAGAAACAACGCCAAAACCGAAAGAAGGUCGAGGCUGCCAAGGCUGCCCGAGAAGAGGAUGAGAAGGAACGCAAGGUCAAGAUGGAGCAGCAACGACGAACUGCUCGCAUCGCCGAGGGACGAGCUGCCAAGGACGGAUCAUCCUUCAUGGCCAACACCGAGAAUGCCUGGAAUGGAAACAAGAAGGCUUCUUCUGACAGCAAGGAUGUCGUGCAGCCGUUAGAUACGUUCGAGCAACAACGUAAUGUCAAGCCAGUCAAACAGAACACGUCGAACGGUGCUACGACUGCUAAAGACAAGAAGUCUGACGAAUGGGUGGCCGGCAUACCUUCUGAGGAGGAGCAGAUGGAGAUGAUCCGACAGGAAGACUCGUGGAGCGAAGUCAAGACUAAGAAGAAGGGCAAGAAGAAGGAAGCCCCCGGCGAGACGUCAGCCCCGUCGGUUCCGGCCACGAAUGGUACCGGCGGCGCACCGGCUGCCAAGGCUUCGGUCCCGGUUAACGGCACCAACAAGAAGCCCAUCACCAGCAACUCUUCUUUUGCCGCUCUCACUCCCGAGGAGACGGAGGAUAAUGAGGAAGUCGAGCAGGAGUGGGAUGUGUAGUCGGCUGACGGACGCACUUGGCCGUGAACGUGGUCCGGUUCACCUCUUUUCUCCUUAUAAAUUAUUUGCUCUCGCCGGCGCGAAGCAAUGCACACCAUCCACCGUCGUCCCCCCCCCGGACCCGGUGGUCGACCUCGACAUUGUACAUUACCCUCCACGGAUCAUUCCUACGAAUACAUGGACGUUGAGCAUCCCUCCGUCCUCCCACCCCACACGUAAAAAGUACGGCUUGGACUUUGGAUUGGGCAAGUUACCUUGACGUUUCUCCACCCCG